AUGGAUCGCCUAUUGAGGACAGCCAAGAUACCAGAUGACGACCGAGUCGAUAUUGUGCAGCUACAACUUAGUAAUGUAGCCAGAACAUGGUGGGAUACAGAGGAGGAGAAGCUGCCUAAGCCAGUUUCAUUGGAGACAUUCCGGGAGAGUUUCCUAGAGGCAUUUUUUCCGAAGACAGCUCGUCUUGAGAUGCAAAGACAGUUUGUUAUGCUAAGACAGAGAGCUAGUACUGUAGAUGAGUAUGCAGCAGAAUUUUCCAAGCUCAGCAGGUUUGCCCUGGCGAUGGUGUCGAAUAAGGUGGAUAAGGGACAAAGGUUCAUGCAGGGUCUAAAUUUUGAGAUCCAGACUCAGAUUUAUAGUCAGAAGGGGGUUGAGACUUAUGCGGAUGUCCUAGAGGCAGCUCGGAAAGCAGAACAGCUGAUUGGGAUCAUGAGCUCAGUGAAGAGAGGGGAAAACAAGCGCCCUGCAGGACAGAACUCAGGAGGCAACCAGCAGAAGCCUCAAACCGGAGGAGCACCAGCCAAGCGCCAGCAGAUAGGGACUCCAAGACCAGCUCCACAACCAACCAACAUGAUUUGUCAUUUAUGCAGCAAGCCGGGGCACAUAAUGAAGGACUGCAAGAGAGCUAACGGGUUAUGCCUAGCAUGUGGGGCGGCAGAUCAUCAGCUUUCCACUUAUCCCAGUAAAGGAGUUUUAAGAGGAUAUUCAGGUAGAGCGAUAGUGCCAGCAAGGCAGGCUAGACCGGGUGGGCAACAGUUGAGGCCACUACUUCCUACGCAGCAGCAGAUGUUUCAAGGACAUCAGAGGGGUCAGCAAUUUCAAGGCCAGAGAUAG